AUAUCUUGGUGAAUAAAUUUUGACAUUAUUUUCUUUCAACUUCAUAACAAUGUCUUCUAAGCAGAAUAUCACACUUCAUAUGGAUGGAAUAAAUGCCUGUGAAUCAAGAGAAUAUGAGCAAGCUUUGAAACUUUUCAAGCGAAUCGCAGAACCUUCGGCUGUGAUAUUCUUCAACAUGGGAUGCUGUUACUUGAAACUAAAUAACUUCACAGAAGCUCUCAAGAUGUUCCAGCAGUGUGUAUCCAAAGAUAAAUAUCUCGCACUAGGCUACUUUCAACUCGCAAUUGCUCAAACUGUAUGCCUAGACCUCCCGUCUGCAGCGGUCAGUUUUCAGGGAGCGAUAGAAACACUGAGAGGAAAUCCAUUCAUUGACUACAAGCAACUUAACAUGACUUGCAAAUUAUACGCUGCAGAGAUUAACUUCAAUCUUGGACUGGUGUAUUUAUUUUCUGGCGACUACAACAACGCAAGAGAAAUGUUUCACACAGCCGGAGGAUUACCAAUGGAUAGUUCAAGACAUUCCAGAAUACCUGAAGCAAUAGAUGCAGUAGAGGCGGAGAGAUGGGAUUAUUUUGGAAAUGAUGCUUCGAGUCGUUUGAUUCUGCUUCCUGAAAACAGCUUCUUCCGAGUCAGUAAAGCAAAAAUGGAAGGAAUGCAGACGUCUACGAAAUUUAUACCCGAAGCCAAGGUUGUAGCCGCUGCAAACGAAGAAUACUCAUUUGUCGGGUUUGUAGGUGCGAAAAAACUACAAGCUGGUGGUAACAAUUCACCUACACCAUCGCCUGUUACUACUAAACGUAGCAACCAAGUUGGUCCUCCUCCUUCAAAACCACCUCCGAGACUUGGAUCAAGUGGAGCCUCCCCCUCGCACUCUAUUCCCGCUCCUGUUCCUGUAAAAGCACCUCCUGCUAGGCCCGUCUCUCCGAACAGGCCUCCACCGCCAACAGCUCCUCCGCCUAAUUCUGUUUCUAAAUUUACACCCCCAUCAAGAGCGCCUCCAGUGGCUCAAGUGAGAGAUAUGCCCCCGAAAAAAUCACCGAUAAGAAACGAUGGGGAAAACGUUUUGAAUGAGCUCAAGAAAAAUAUGGAUAACGUACAACUUAAAGCAUCGCCUAUCACACUCAAAUGUGAAUUCAAAUUCAACGUAGGCGACAAAAUAUCGUACGAGGAUUUGAUUGCGGAAAUAUCACAAAAACUAGGACAAGCUUCUUCAAAUCUAUCAACUGCCUUGCUACGGAAAACGAUGACUCUUGACCUCCAAGAACCACAAAACAAGACCGGUACCGCUAUAAAACCUGAUAACAGCUCAUCAUGGCAAGCAACAUUGAUGAAGAAAAGACCAGCUGAUCUCGCUCUGAUUUUGAAAGAGAAUGACAGUAAAUUUCCUGUUCCCAACAGAAGACCGCCUUCACCAAAGACACGACCAUAUCUACCGAAAACGUCACCUGGAUAUCGACCUUCAAGACCAGCACCCACGCAUAGUAACUAUCAACGAAACACUCUGCACACCGAAGAAGAUAUUUACCAUGAUAUAUCGUGAGAUCUGUAAUAGCAAGCGUAUUAUAUGCAGUUAUUGGUUCUUUAUGCACGAUUUAUGCAAAAAUCAGCCUCAAUAGUAUAUGCACUCAAUGUUGAGGCGUUAUUUGAAUUUGCACUUGUAUGUGUUUGUUUAUGUGGGUCACUUAUGGGGUUCCUUAUUAUUUUCUUCCCUAUACUAUUUCUUCCAAGUGGUAUUAACGCUAUUUAAUGCAAAUGCAGUGUAGAUAAUAAUUUCAAUUAUUAAUUGUGAGAUUGGAAAUCAUAAUGUUCCAUUAUAAUCUAAUGUAGGUGUGUUUUUAUUAAACCUUAUGUUUGUUUACAAAUCUGAUUACGAUACAUUUUAUUUUUUCCAAUAUCAUCUUUGAGUCUACGUUUUCUAGCACUUUUUGCACAAUUUUCAUGCAGAACUAAUCGAAUAUUGGAAUACAACGAAAUUUGAUAAAAUACAAUUUUGUUAUUUGGACGAUAUUAGAAUAUCUUUAUUUUCAAGAUAAUGAAUUUGAACGACAAAAUUUACCGAUAAAGACAACUAAUUAUGUUUGUAUAAUUAUAUUAUAGAAUUUGAAAUCCAAUCACCGAUGCUUCCAAAAUGUUUCUUCGUUUGAAGUCCGAUUUCUUCGAAUAUAUGUGAAUUCGCAAUUUAUUCCGUAUUGAAAUAUAAUUGCAAAAUGAAUUUCGAUUAGUUAAUAAAUAAAUGUAUCUGUACUAUUUGAUGGCCUUACAUAGUUAAACAAGUGUUUUCUUUGUUAACUUUUUACAAUUUUACCUAAAAUCAUAUUUAAUUAAUCAGUGUAUUUGUAAUAAACAAUGGAACUAGUACUGACAAGACAGGUACAAGUAUCAAUUAUGAAAUGUAACAAUCGAACCAAUCCGAUACAUCAUAUGAAAAUGAUGUUGCUUAUUUUUGCUUCCUCCUGUAGUUCACUCUAUAUUCUACUUGUAAUCAUGUGUACGUGUUGAAAUAUAUUUGUGUCAAUUUUCAGCUGAUACUUCAAUCUUUUUCUAUUUCAUGUGUUUACGAUGCAAUUUUUCUCAUUAACAAUCCAAUUAUAUUCUGUAGAGAUAUGCAUAACUAAUAAAUGUAGUUUUAAAUCA